AUGGAGUCUCUGCAGUUUGGAACAGACCCCUUUCUUUCCCGGCGAAAUCAGGAAGGGAAAGGAGACUCCCGACUCGGCUCAAACGCUCAAGGACAUCAGCCAGUCAUGAAUGAACAGCUUCCUUCCGUCAGCGAGCUGUUGACCCCAUCCUCUCGUUCCAGCCAAUCGGUGUCACCCCAUCGCUCACGGAUGUUCAGUUUUUACCAUCCUACGGGCGAAAGCCCCAAGCCCAGUCAGAGUCCCCAUACGGCGAGCCAUCAUGAUACUGGUCUUGUUCCACGAACACCUCAAGGAAGACCAGAGGCCCGCGCAGACCGCUUCUCGCGGCCGACGGCCGGGAAUUUGCCUUCUCUCUCACAGAUGUCCAUCUACACAGCCGGAAAUGAGGCUCGUAUACAUGCGGGCAUUCGUACAGAUGUUCCACAACAACAAGCGCACCACUCUCCCUUUGCACCCCAGGGUCGUGUGAGCCAUGAUAAAGAAAUAAGGGAAGAGAAUUCAUUACCCGUGACUCACGAGAUUGGAAGCGCGGCAGCAAAUCAACCACAGACGGCCCAAGUCCGUCCUCACGUGGUCGACGAGCGGUAUAUAGAGGGUGAAGGCUGGUGUUACAUCUACGCUGAUGGAUCCCAUUGUCCCAAGACCAUUGACGGUGUGCCUGUGAAUGCAAAUUGGGGCGUAACUAAGGCUGGAAAGCCCCGAAAGAGAUUAGCACAAGCCUGCCUUACCUGCCGGGAGAAGAAGAUCAAGUGCCAACCUAACCUGCCAAAGUGCGACCAAUGUCAGAAGUCGGGAAGGGAGUGCCGGUUCGAGAGCGCACCACGAGGCCACCGCGCAGCAGCGAAAGCCAACACGCAUGGCAACAGAUACGACACGAGAGACUCCUCCUCCUCCUCCUUUGUCGGUCAUCACCCUUCUAGCUCUGCCAACUCGAUCUACUCCGCCGUAAGGGCUUCUGAAAGCUCUGCAUCACUACCUGGCACCAAUUCACAGUCACCAAUGUCUGACGCCUCCAUGCUUACACCCCCUGCCAUCAACAGUGCCCACGAACCUAUCUUGGACUCGGAUUCACAUUACAGAUCGAGACGACAGAGCCUCGGCAGACCAUCUACUGGCGCUGAGGAUCUGAACCGACGGUCUGUGGAAGGCAUUUCAGCCCGUGCUACGCCUGAUUACACUGAAAUCCUGAUGGAAAUGAGAGAUCUGGACCCUCAUGAUCCCCUUGCGCACGAGUGGAACACCGAUCCUUUCGAAAAUGAUGCGGAACUCACAACUCACUACGUCGAGAACUAUUUCACUUAUGUGAACGAUAGCUUAUAUUAUAUCUUCCCCAGAAGGCGCUUCCUCUUGUGGUUAAGGUCGUGUCAUACGAAGUCGCUGGAGGACAAAAUGCUUCUUUACUCAAUGAUGACAUUGGGAGCGAUUUUCUCGGAUCGGCCUGACAGGCUUGCGGCCAUGAAAAGGGCCUCACGCACGGCCCGCUACGCCGUGGAGCAUAGUCGUCAUAGCCUCUCUUUGCAGCUCGCACAAUCCAGGAUUAUCAUGAGCCUUUGGUAUUACGCCAUCGGUGCUCUAGAGAAGUCCUGGGAUGCAGUUGGCGCUGCAGUUCGAACUGUAAUGCCUUGUCGCGAAGAAGUCUUCGAGGCUCAGCAAUAUACGACUGUACCAUACUUUCAAAGCUUCCUCAACCAGCCGCCCGCAUCAACCGACGAUGAGCUCUCGGAAUUGAGUGCCAUGGCGCUCUUGAUAGAAAUGGUAUCUCUUUGGGGAGAGGUAACGGAUCACGUCUUCCGUUUAUCACUGGUUCCGAUGGAGUCAUCCACUACACCUUUUGAGGAAUUCUAUACCACAAUCUGCCAGCGUGCAGACGCUUGGGUUGCCAGGCUGCCGGAACAUUUGAGAUUCAGCACCCUGAAUAUGGAGCGAAGCUUUCGGGCAAGGAAUCCCGAUCCGUUUUUCUCGAUACAUCUGUUAUAUCAUGCAACAAUGAUGAAAUUGAAUAGGCAUGCGCCUGGCCACGACUAUCGCGCAGAGUUUGUGAGCAGGCAGGUUCGCAUGGCCAGGACACAUGCGGCAGAGACCCUGCGGAUUGCUCUGGCUUUGGCACAUUACACGGGUGAAUACGACGCAUCGCGAAUGGCCAUCGACUCCGCACCCUCGCAAGCGACUAUUCUUAACCCUUUCCUAGGUUAUGUGAUCCUAUCUGCAGUCGACAUCCUUAGUGCAGCUGGGCUGGUAGCUGAUAUGCCUGAGUGCGUCAAGCUCAUCAGAGGUGGCCUUGAGGCCGUCAAGGAGCUGGGUCGUUUUUGGGAGAGUUCGCUACCAUUAGUGUCUCUUAUCGAGGCUCGACUGGAGUCAUUGAUGGAAAUCCUCCAUGACCCGACCAAGCUGGACCAGAAGAUGGUGUUUGCUGCAAAGGGUCAUUCCUUGGACAGCCGGACCCAGAAGCAGCAGUCCCCGAUCACCGAUGAUCUGUUCUAUGGUGCUCUUCCCCAUGACAGACUAUUCAGCGCCUUGGGGCCGGAAGACGCUUCAUUGACAGAAUCCAAUAUACUCUGGAUCAGAGAAACGGACUGA